UGUCACUGAGAGUAAAGUCUGCAGAAUAUUGAGAAAUUAAGUUAUUAAUUUAAUUUUAAAAAUGGUCGAAACGGUGAAGCCUCACGCGUUGCCGUCGUUACAGUUGCAUGUUUGCAGUGUCUUGUCUAGUAAAUGUGUUAGCUGUUUGGCUGCUCAUUUACCAUAUCUCAUCUAGUCGGAAACAUUUAAAAGUUUAAUUUUAAAUUAACUUUACAUACGUGAUAGACGAGAGUAAUAUAAAUAGACACAGUCUGAAAUAACUACACAUAUACAUGUGCCCUCAAUUCAUGUGUAAAUGGAAAUAAGACUGAAUUCUGUUUAAAACUUUUUAUGACUUGUUUGUCGGUGUCUGUCAUGUAAUUUGUAAUUUGCAGUGUAGCAGAAAGAAUGGCGCUGAAUAAAUCAAUGCAUCCUCGAAACCGUUAUAAGGAUAAACCGCCUGAUUUUGUCCAUCUGGCUUCCAAAUAUCCAGAAUUUCAGAAGCACGCGCAGACCACACUGACCGGCAGAGUGACACUGAACUUCAAAGAUCCAGAGGCUGUUCGGGCUCUUACGUGCACCCUGCUAAAAGAGGACUUUGGCCUCACCAUUGAGAUCCCGCUGGAACGGCUCAUCCCCACUGUCCCGCUCCGCCUAAACUACAUCCACUGGGUGGAGGACCUGACCGGGGGGCAGGGGAACCCACGGAGGGGGAUCGACAUUGGUACCGGUGCCUCCUGUAUUUACCCCCUGCUGGGAGCCUCCAUGAAUGGCUGGUUCUUUCUCGCCACAGAAGUGGAUGACAUCUGCUUUAAUUAUGCAAAGAGGAACGUUGAGCAAAACCACCUGGCGGAGCUCAUUAAAGUGGUAAAAGUGCCCCAGAAGACUCUACUGAUGGAUGCACUGAAGGACGAGUCCAUUGUCUAUGAUUUCUGCAUGUGCAAUCCUCCUUUCUUUGCCAACCAGUUAGAAGCAAAGGGGGUGAAUUCGAGGAACUCGCGCAGACCUCCACCCAGCUCCAUCAACACAGGAGGGGUCACUGAGAUUAUGGCUGAGGGUGGAGAGCUGGAGUUUGUGAAAAGGAUCAUCCAUGACAGUCUGCAGCUCAAGAAGAGACUUAGGUGGUACAGUUGCAUGCUGGGAAAGAAGUGUAGCCUGGCACCUUUGAAAGAUGAGCUGCGGAAACAAGGGGUCCCCAAAGUCACUCACACAGAAUUCUGUCAAGGUCGAACCAUGCGCUGGGCCCUGGCUUGGAGUUUCUAUGACGACGUACCUGUACCGUCUCCCCCCUGUAAGAAGCGUAAGCUGGAGAAGGCUCAUAAGCCCCUCACCUUCACUGUACUGAGGUCCACUGUGGAGGCGCUACAGGCCCAUGCGCCCAGCAUUGGCUGCACCGACACCAGCCCAACAGAGAGCGUCUUUGCCUGGCUGGAAAAGAUACUGACAGACCUGAAGGUGCUUCACAAGCGUGUACCUUGUGGAGAAGCAGAGCUUAGCCUCUUUCUGACAGCGGUGGAGAACACAUGGAUCCACACUCGCCAGAAAAGACGAGAACAGGGCCGGCAACUCCGCGAACUCCCUAGAGCACAACCAACCUCCGCCUGCAACACAGACACCUCCUCUCCAUCCAUAGCUAGCACAGAUGCUCCAGCACCUGCAACAGAGGGCAGCACCAACCCUCCUGACAGCAAUGGGAAGAAAAAAGAUGAGCAGCACAUCCCAGAGAAAGAUACCGACAUCCCCAUGGAAUCCCCCACCAGCCAAGUACACAUCGAAGAGAAGGAAGCAGCUGUUAGCGGUCCUCAAAACCCAGAUACAGUCCAGCACUUUCUCUUCAAGUGCCUGUUGAAUGUGAAGGUGGAGGAGAGUGAUGUGGUGGUAGAGAUGCAUUGGGUGGAGGGGCAAAAUAAAGAUAUGAUGAACCAGCUGUGUACAUGUUUGAAGAACUCUCUCUUCCGGCAGGUAGCCAAGCCCACUUAAGCUCGACAUGGAUUCUGUUAAGGGAAUAUUCUGGGUUCAAUAAAGCCUCAAUUGACAGCAUCUGUGGCACAAUAUUGAUUACCACAAAAAUUAGUUUUGACUUGUCCCUCCUUUUCUUUACAAAAAGAAAAAUCAGGGUUACAGUGAUGCAUUUACAAUGGACGUGAAAGGCGCCAAACUGGUAAACAUUAAAAUACUCAAAGGUUUAACCACAGGAUAUUAACAAUAUGCAUGUUGACAUGAUUUAAGUGAUAAAAUUGCCAAGUAAACUUUUCUGUGUAAAGUUAUAGCCAAUUUUAAGACUUUGUUGCCAUUACGAUGUAAUAUCAACAAACCCUAAAACGACUGAAAAAAUGACGAUUUAAACAACUUUACAGCUCAAAAAAUACACAAGUUUUAACAAAAGAAUGAAUGUAAGUGCUUUUAUAAAAUUACAAUUGUCACAUUUUUGUGUUUAAACACCAAAAAUUGGCCCCAUUAACUUUCAUUGUAAGUGCCUCACUGUAACCUAGAUAUUUGCUUAUUUCUAUUAUUUUUGUGGUAAUUAACAUUAUUCCACAUAUGCUGUUGAUUGAGCUUAGCUUGUAAAACUUCUCUUCUACCUUUCCAAUAGAUUCACCACAAUACACCGUUCACUCUUGUGUGAGCCAUAGACCUGGUAAAGCUGCUCAUGUUACACAACUCCACACAACCAGAUGUAUUAUUAUCCACUGAUCAAAGUUAUGAUCUGCCAUUUUUUAAGUUGUAUUACAUUUGUAUUAAAAAAAUUGUUUAAAUAUGUCUUUUUGACUUAUGCUUGGUCAUUUGCACUGCCUACUCUUCUAAUCAGGCAUAUGUUAUAGAAUGAUGAAGAGAGACCUCUGAAUGGAUCCACUGUUUAUAUUCUUUACCUGGACUUAUGGUCAAUAGAAAAAGAUAUUUUUUAAAAUAUUAAUCUCAUAUUAAAUUGUGACGAGGAGGAGGGUGUUGCCGGGCCGUGAGGGUGCAUGGCUGGUGCUGAAUCAGAUGAUUAGCGGGAGAGCGAGAUAAAGGGGGGCCAGAGAUGCUGGUUCGAGAGAGGGAGAGAGACACAUGUGGCCGCGCUGCAUGUGUGUCUUUGUGUCCUUAUGUUUUAUGUUGUUUUAAGUUCAUUUAUAUCAUUAAACUUUACGUUGA